UAAAACCAGGCUAGCCAAUUGCAAAUUACCUUGUAAUAGUGAGAUUUGUAGUUGUAGUUUAAGUUGAAUUGAAAAUGAAAUGUUUCCAUUAUUAUUAUUACUAUUUUUAUUAUUAUUAUUUUUAUCUCAUUCCCAUUACGCCACUAUUUUUGCAGAAUAGAAAACAACAAUAACCUGACCAAAACAUGUCAGAGGAGAUAAUAACGAAUCGGAAACAAUUAUCAACUAAAGGUGUAAUAAUUAAAAGACGACCAAGUUGUGACCAUUUAAACCCUGGAAAUUUCAAAGGUCACGUUAAUUCAAAAAUGCUGACUUAAGAAAAUAGUGACUAUAUAUAUAUAUAUAUGAAUCAAAAGAGCUCUUCGAGACCUUUGUAAAUUUUAACAUGUUUGUUAGAUAGUUAGAGAAUAUGCCUUAUUCAAAAAGUUCCAUUCAAAAGGUAAGUCAAAUUCAAUUUUAAUUCAAAUCUUUUGUCGCUGUUACUGUGAGACUUGCGGCUUCUUAACUUGAAUUUUUCUUUUUUGCCUCAGCUAUUUUCGAUAAUGACAUUGGCAGGAGCUUAGGCCUUUAUAAUGCAACAACCUUGUAAGCAAAUUCGUCUCACCGCUGAAGCACUUUCGCAAAAGAAGGCGGUGGACUCCUCAAAUGUACAAUGAAAUAUGCAGCGGAAAGAGGCCUAUGCACAGCCAAGAAAGAUGUUCUGGCCACUUUUCUUUCUGUUACUGAGCAAGGAGCUGGCGCACUCAGAGAUUCUUCGUUUGCCCUGUUCCACAUUUGCCAACUUCACUGAAAUGCACAGAGACAGAUCUGUUAUGUCAUCCUUCAAAACUAUCUUUGGUAUUGAUGUUUAUACUUGUAAGUUGGAAUGUAUAAGCGACAGUAAAUGCAAGUCCAUAAAUGUGAGUGAGGAUGACGGUGUUUGCGAGUUAAAUGCAAAGGCAGCAGAAGAUCCAAAGGAUAAGAUCAAAACACAUCUCAGAUAUGGAUGGACUUAUUACUCCACUCUCUACAAUCAGACAUCGAUUGGUGAAAGUUGCCUAAAGAAAAACUUAUGUCUGCAAGGAGAGAAAUGCAUCGAUGUUUGCAGCUGCCCAGGUCAUAAAUGCAUCAACCUGAAUGCUUGCUCAGAUUGGUACCGAAAUGGAGCUAAAUAUAAUGGCAUAUAUCAUGUGUUUGACUCUACGAAUAAGACAAAUAAAGUUUACUGCGACUUUGUUACUGAUAGUAACUUUGCUUGGACACUUGUCAUGUCUUCAGCACUGAAAUAUUAUCCUAUGUUCAGAGGUUAUACUUUGAGGGACUCUUUGGGCCUGGCUAGCAAAUUUCCAAAUUGGGAUCUUUACCGCCUUCCGAAAGCAUCCAUGGUGAAACUAGCAGCCACAUCAACUCACUGGCGAGCUACAUGUAAUUUCAAGCAACGCCAGAGUAUUCAUCGUGAUUACGUCAGAGUCACUUUUGAAAACCUCAAUCCUCUCACUUUCAAUGGAAAAAGGGUUUGUACAGUUGUUGAGUAUAUCGAUAUUAGAGGAAACACGGCGCGCAAUGCGGUAGUGCCAUUUUGGCAAUACAGUGAAGAGAUCCUCCAUACUGACAGUUGCUUUCGUGUCUGCAGUUUCGAUGGAACACGUGGAUGCAAAAUCAACGAAGAUAAUUUUGGGUACUAUGCUGUUACAAACAGAAACUUCACCUGUACGAGGGAACAAAACUCUACUACACAAAUAUGGUUUGGUGAGAAAGUAUAA